AUGGAUUCCAACAUUGAUAAUGCUACUACCAUUAUUCCUAAUGCUGCCUCUGUCCCUACUGCCACCACCAUUGUCAACGGUGGCAAGAAAGGAUUUUUUUCAAUCCUUGAUGUUCAUGGGGUGGGUUUUGCACUAAUUGAUUCCAAGCCAGAUGAUGUCAAGAUGCAAGAACCAUGGAUGCAUGCAAAUAAGAUGAUAGAUGACAAGGAUAUCAAGAGUCAGAUCAAUGAAUACCACAAGCUGGUGGAUGAUUUGAAGGCUGAAAAAAUCAACUUGCAAGAAGAAUUCGUUGCUGGAUUGCUGAUUGAGAAGUUGCCAGAAUCUUGGAAUGGAUACAAGCAACAAUUGAAGCACAAGGAAAAGCAAUUAUCACUUGCAGAUUUGAUUAUUCACAUCAUCAUUGAAGACACAACCCGUAGGGAGAUUAAAGCCUCUAAAGCUAAGGAAAUUACAACUAAAGCCAAUCUACUAGGGCAUCAUGCAGCACAAUGCAAGAAAAGAGUAAAGGGAAAUGACAAACUUGCUAAUCCAAGAGUCAACUUGGUCAAAGUAGAUGAAUCCGACGAUGUAAUUGUUGCAGUCAUUUCACAAGCAAAUAUGGUGGCUAGUGUGAAGGAAUGGGUAGUAGACUUAGGUGCUACCAGGCAUAGUUGUGCACACAAAAAUGCCUUUACCUCCUAUACUCCAGUAGUGGAAGGAGAAGAGACAAUAUACCUUGGUGAUUCUAGAACUGCUCAAGUUCUUGGUAAAGGGAAAGUCCUUCUCAAGCUCACAUCUGGCAAGACCCUAGUUCUAAAUGAUGUUUUUCAUGUUCCCAAUAUAAGGGCAAACUUAGUAUCUGUGGCCUUAUUAGGCAAGGGACUCUUUGUACUUAACAUUUCCAAUGUUUUGAAUGAAAAUGGCAAUUCUUCCGCUUACAUGAUUGACUCUGUUGAUUUAUGA